AAGAAAAGAAAUUGCGGGCUAUAUCAUUGGUUGUAACCACCCACAACCCACAACCCAAAACCAGAACAAAAAGAACAACACUCUUCUCGAAGUAUGGUUUUCACAUCAAACCCUUUAUCACUGAGCGUCCCUGACACCUCCUUCGACGCAUGGCUCCGCGACUCUGGCUACCUCGAAAUUCUCGACCAACACUCCUCCUCAUCCGCUACCGCAGCCCCCGCCACUACCUCAACUAUCACGUCAACUACCACCACAGCAACAGCCACUGGCCUCUUCAUUUCAUUCUUUUCCCAUAUUCCAACACUCCUAUCCCUCUUCACUCUCAACCCCUUCUCUAAACUCACCACCGAUGACUUCUCGGGUCAAACCCCAUCUUGGACCCGGUCUUUUUUCGCUGACUGUGGGUCCUACUCGUUUCCAUCCGGGUCGGACCAGGCUAGGCUUCGGGUUAAUGAGAAUGUUAAACGUUAUGCGAGAAAUUAUGCCUCCCUUUUCAUUCUCUUCUUUGCUUGUACUUUGUAUCAAAUGCCACUUGCUCUUAUUGGAUUGAUAUCAAGUUUGGCACUUUGGGAUGUUUUCAAGUUCUGUAGUGAUAGGUGGGGAUGGGAUCGAUAUCCUGUACUUCGGCAAGUUAUGGUCCGGACAGCCCAAUGUGUAACUGCAGUUGUUCUGAUAUGUUUAAACGUUCAAAUGGCUUUCUUUUGUGCAGUUGGCAUUAGUUAUACAGUUAUGGUCUUGCAUGCUGCAUUUCGAAAGCUGACUCCUGCAAAACAAUCUGCUCGCAGUAGAUGAGGUAGGAAAUUUGAAAACUAAGCUGCAAAACAAGAGGCAUCAAUUUUGAUUCUGCUUUGCUGAAAUUGGUGGACUGGUUCUGCAGAUUGGUUGGAUGUGAAAAAAGGCUAUCUCUAAUAUAGUGGUGGGCAGGUCUUUUGUUUAUCAUUUUGCAGUCGCACUUGUCAUGCGAAGUAAGAAAUGCCAUAUUGCUGAUUCAGUUUUGAUCCAAUGUACACAGCAGUGUAAAUUGCUUUGCUUAUCUAGUUGUCACCAUAAAAAUACGAGUCAACAAAGAUAUUUCAAGCUGUGACAUCAUGCGAGCUCGAGUGAAAAAAAUUUGUAGUUCCUGUUAUAUUUUGAGGUGUCCAUUUGAUUUGUUUACUUUAGUUCUGUCAAUUGCCUGGUGGCCUUGUAGUAUACGUGGGAUCCAUUUGAUGUUUGACUAAUUAUUCCUCUAUCUUUAGGCUUUAAUUUUUCUUCCUUGGAGAAAAUGAGAUCUUCAAUUAUGGAAAUUUAAGCUCC